CACAGCUCCUGAAUGCAGCAGCAGGCUGACUGGCUCUGUGAAGAUGGCGGACUGUAUACGUGUUCCUCUGCUCCUGCUUUUGAUGUGCAUCUUGUCGUCUUUGCAUCCAAUUCAAGGAGAAAACAACGUUAUUGCCAAACUUGCAGGUAAUGUCGAUAACCCACAGAAUGCCGCCGGAGGUCCGGGGCCGGCUGCGGGGAACCCGGGAGCCGCUGAGAGGAACCUGGGCGCUGGGGCCUCGCUGCCUCGGAGGCGCUCUACCGGCUGGAAGUUGUCUGAGGAGGGGGUGUGCAGGGAGGACCUGACCCGGCUUUGCCCCAAACAUUCCUGGAACAACAACCUGGCGGUGCUGGAGUGUCUCCAGGACAAGAAAGAGGACACUGAGAUUGCCGCUGAAUGCAACCAUCUGCUGUGGAACUACAAGCUGAACCUGACCACCGACCCAAAGUUUGAGUCUGUCGCCGUGGAGGUCUGCAAGACCACCAUCUCUGAGAUUAAAGAAUGUGCAGCGGAGGAGCUCGGGAAGGGUUACCUGGUGUCCUGCCUGGUGGAUCACCGUGGCAACAUCAGCGACUACCAGUGCAACCAGUACAUCACCAAGAUGACCACCAUCGUCUUCAGCGACUACCGGCUGAUCUGCGGCUUCAUGGACAAGUGUCGUGAAGACAUCAACGCGCUGCACUGCGGCAGCAUCAGCACCGGAGAGAAGGACAUCCACUCUCAGGGCGAGGUCAUCGCCUGUUUGGAGAAAGGUUUGGUGCGGGAGGCAGAGGAGCAGCCGGGGGCUCACUCCAUCAAGGACGACUGUAAAAAGUCCAUCAUGAGAGUCGCUGAGCUCUCCUCAGACGACUUCCACCUGGAUCGAUACCUGUACUUCGCCUGCCGCGACGACCGAGAGCGCUUCUGUGAAAACACACUGGCUGGAGAAGGACGAGUUUACAAAUGUCUUUUCAAUCACAAGUUUGAGGAGGCGAUGUCUGAGAGGUGCCGCGAGGCGCUGACCACCAGGCAGAAGCUGAUCGCUCAGGACUACAAGGUGAGCUACUCGCUGGCCAAAGCCUGCAAGUCGGACCUGAGGAAAUACCGCUGCAGCGCAGACAACAACAUGCCCCGAGCCCGAGAAGCUCGCUUGUCCUACCUGCUGCUCUGUCUGGAGUCUGCUGUGCACAGAGGUCGUGUGGUCAGUGGCGAGUGUCAGGGUGAGAUGAUGGACUACAGGCGGAUGCUGAUGGAGGAUUUCUCUCUGAGUCCGGAGAUCGUGCUGCACUGUAGGAGCGAGAUCGAAGGUCACUGCUCCGGUCUGCACCGUAAAGGACGAACGCUGCACUGCCUGAUGAGGGUCGGCCGAGGAGACAUGGGCGCCAUCGACGCCAACUGUCAGAGGGCUCUCCAGACUCUGAUCCAGGAAGCCGACCCCGGAGCCGACUACCGUAUCGACCGGGCGCUCAACGAGGCCUGUGAGUCUGUCAUCCAGACCGCCUGCAAACACAUCCGCAGUGGAGACCCCAUGAUCCUGUCCUGUCUGAUGGAGCAUCUGUACACAGAGAAGAUGGUGGAGGAGUGUGAGCACAGACUGCUGGAGCUGCAGUACUUUAUCGCCAGAGACUGGAAGUUGGAUCCCGUCUUAUAUAAGAAAUGUCAGGGCGAUGCCGCUCGGCUCUGCCACACUCAUGGCUGGAAUGAGACCAGCGAAAUGAUGCCACCUGGCGCCAUUUUCUCCUGCCUGUACCGCCACGCCUACCGCUCGGUGGAGCAGGGACGGAGGUUCCUCAGUGGGGAGUCUGAAGCAGAAACCCAGAGGUUGACUCUCUCCAGAGACUGUAAGGUAGAGGUGCAGAGGAUCCUCCACCAGAGGGCGCUGGACGUGAAGCUGGACCCCGAGCUCCAGAGACGAUGUAUGACCGACCUGGGGAAGUGGUGCAGCGAGAAGACGGAGGCCGGACAGGAGCUGGAGUGUCUGCAGGAUCACCUGGAGGAUCUGGUGUCUGACUGCAGAGACGUGGUGGGGAACCUGACGGAGCUGGAGUCAGAGGAUAUUCAGAUCGAGGCGCUGCUGAUGCAAGCGUGUGAACCCGUCAUCCAGACCCACUGCCAUGAGGUGGCUGAUAACCAGAUCAACACCGGUGACCUGAUGGAGUGUUUGGUUCAGAACAAACACCAGAAGGAGAUGAAUGAGAAGUGUUCGGUGGGAGUGACACACUUCCAGCUGAUUCAGAUCAAAGAUUUUCGUUUCUCGUACAAGUUCAAGACGGCCUGCAAGGAGGACGUCCUCAAACUGUGUCCCAAUAUCAAGAAGAAGGUGGACGUCGUGAUCUGCCUCAGCACCACGGUGAGGAACGACACCCUGCAGGACGUCAAGGAGCAGCGAGUGUCCAUCAAGUGUCGUAAACAGCUGCGGGUGGAGGAGGUGGAGAUGUCAGAGGACAUCCGCCUGGAGCCGGAGCUGUUCGAGUCCUGCAAGCUGGACAUCAACAGACUGUGUCAGAACGUGGCCUUUGGCAACGCACAGGUUAUCGAGUGUCUGAAGGAGAACAAGCGUCAGCUCACUCAGCGUUGCCACCAGCGAAUCUUCAAGCUGCAGGAGGUGGAGAUGGUCGAUCCUGAACUGGACUACCAGCUGAUGAGAGUCUGCAAGCAUAUGAUCAGGCGGUUCUGUACGGAGUCGGAGGGAAAGAACGUUCUUCAGUGUCUGAAACAGAACAAGAACAGCGAGCUGAUGGAUCCUAAAUGUAAACAGAUGAUCACCAAGAGACAGAUCACCCAGAACACAGACUACAGGCUGAACCCGGUGCUGAGGAAGGCCUGUAAAGCCGACAUCCCAAAGUUCUGUCAGCCAAUCCUGAACAAGGCGUCUGCGGACAGCGAGCUGGAGGGUCAGGUCAUCUCCUGCCUCAAACUGAAAUACGCCGACCAGCGUUUGUCUCCAGACUGUGAGGCUCAGAUCCAGAUCAUCCUGCAGGAGUCGGCGCUGGACUACAGACUCGACCCUCAGCUGCAGAUCCACUGCACACAGGAGAUUUCCAGGCUGUGUCCGGAGGAAGCAGCAGCUCAGGAGCAGACGGGGCAGGUGGAGGAGUGUCUGAAGGUCAACCUGCUGAAGAUCAAACAGGAAGGAUGUAAGAAGGAGGUGUUGAACAUGCUAAAGGAGAGUAAGGCGGACAUCUUCGUCGACCCCGUCCUCCACACAGCCUGCGCUCUGGACAUCAAACAUCAGUGUGCAGCGAUCCCACCUGGCAGAGGGCGCCAGAUGUCGUGCCUGAUGGAGGCGCUGCAGGACAAACGUGUUCGUCUGCAGCCGGAGUGCAAGAAGAGACUUCAGGAUCGCAUCGACAUGUGGAGCUACGCCGCCAAGGUGGCUCCCGCUGAGGGCUUCUCGGACCUGGCCAUGCAGGUGAUGACAUCACCGUCCAAGAACUACAUCCUGACUGUGAUUGGUGCAGGCGUGGCGCUGCUCUUCAUGAUGGGGCUGCUCUGCGGCAGAUUCACCAAACGCGUCACUCAGGAGCUGAAGGACAGGUAGACCCCGCCCACUCUGGGGUCAGGACACACCCACAGAAGAAACGACCACCUCCCCCUCUUCAUUUACUUCCUCUCCUCCACCUUCACCUCCCACUUCAGUCCUCCUCACCACUUCAUUUACAAACUCCCUCUGCCUCUUCUUCCAUCGCUGGAAUGACAUCACCCACAAUCCUGCAGACGAACGUGGGCUUGAUCAGUGACUCACCUGCUCUUCCUCUACACAAGCCCCGCCUACUCCCCGGGAGGCCACACCCCCUCUCUUUUUCUUUUUCUUUUUCUUCUUUUCCUUCUGAGCUUUGAUCCAGAGCGCCGGGUCCUCCUGCAGUUUAACCCGCACUCACCUGAUGUAGAUGCAGUAUAAUUACUCUGCGCCUUUUUUUUUUUCUUUUCCUGCCCUUCGUUGUGGGCCGAGGGGUGGUGGGAGGGUGAGGAGAGGGGGAGGGGUGGGGGUUCUAAGGAUACGGGGUCAGAGGUCAAGAUAUGGAGGCGAAGGAGGUGAAUGAAUCAUAAUAAGUGUAAAUGUGUAGAAAGUGGGAAAUGCUCAUGUAUAGAGCAGUUUAAUGACUCCAGUAUUUUAACGACUUAAGUGUGUGUGAGCGUGCGUGCGUGCGUGUGUGUGUGCGUGUGUGCGUGUGUGUAAAUGAAACUGUCUUUCUAUCACCAUAUUGUUCUAGUUUGUCCUGCUAAACGGUUUUCGGGGGUUGUUUUGGAUCUGGAUAUAUCUUCUUUUCUUUCGUUUUGCUGAUGUGUGUGUUAGUUAGAUUUUAUCGCCAUGGGACUGCCAGGCGGGCGGUGCCAACCAGCCAGCCCUCCACCGAGCCACAGAUAAGAUGAAGAGAGGUGGAGGGAGGAGGGGGGACACAUCACAAACACUCCCAGCCGGCUCGCUGAAAGCUCUUCUUACAGCAGGAAUUAUUUGUGGAUAUUUUUAUUUUACUCUUUCUGAAACAGCAGACCUGGCAACCUCAGCUCUCUUCUAAUGCAGUCCGAUACUUUUUUUUUUUAAGAUUUGUUUUUCCCAGCCCAACCUGUGCCAUAAACACACCACGCUCGUCCACCUGCUGCUCCCAGUGUAGUCGAUGUUCACCGCUCCAGCAGCUGGUUGGGACGUUUGUUUGGCAGCACGCCGUGACACAGAGUCAGGAGUCGUGCCAGCCUGAUCCAAGACUGGGCGGAGCAGAAAGACUGGGCUUCUUUUGUUUUUAUUAUUAUUUUGGCCCCCAGUCAUGAACUCGCAGAGCGGCUGUUGGUAUCGCACUGGUUGGUACGUAAAAAGCUGAGAGCAAUGCAGGAAUUAAAAAAAAUAAAGAAUUGAAAAGAUUCUAGAUUAUUAUAGAGAUGUGAACAUUUUGUGUAAAGAUGAUACUGGAAUCAUUGCACAUUUUUCGUUCUUUUUUUUAUAUCUAUAAAUAUAUAUAUAUUGUUUUGUCAUAGCCUUAUUUAUUUGUUUACUAAUGGUCAAAGUUUUUUUUUUUUUUCCUAUGAUUUGAAUGUUCUCUGGUUGCCUUUUCUCCAGCAAGCGAGCGUCCCUCUUUCCUGCAGGGGGAGGGAGGGAGGAUAUGGGGGAGGACACAGGCGGCGAAGGUUCGGCCUCCUCUGGGCAUCAACCUGCUCCAGCAGCUGAUUGUUUCACGUGUGGCAGUGAUCGCCUCUCUGAUGGGCGGUUAGGUUUCAUGAAGUCAGCAGCACAUUGAGCCUGAUGUAUGGCAGAGUGCGCACAACACCUUUAACGAGUGUCGCUCAACAGAAAUUGAAGAGCUGUGUGGCAUUUUCAGUUUAUACUUUGGCGAAAGAUUAAAGUCGUCUUCAGAAAUAUAAGAAUGUUUGUGUCCGUUCCCUCAGAACGAGGUGUGUAUGUCUACACAGGGAGCAGGUCCUUGUUUAUGGAGAUCGCCAUGUUGCACCGCCAUGUUUUUACAGUAGCCCAGGACAGACAAACCAGACACUGGGUCUAGACAGAGACAUUUGUGUUUUUUCAAGUCAGCCACUGUAGUUAGAAGCGCCUCGAGAAUGUCAGAGAACCUCUGAUUUGUAACGUGAAAGUGUUUUAUUCAGUGUUUUUGCCGUUUUAAAUCAGCUGGUCCGUUUGUUUCGGAGAGGAAGAGACCUCUGUGGAUCUUUCAGCUCCUGGUCAAAACCUCCUGAACAAUGAACACUGAAGGAAUUCUAACCAGAAGUUUCAGCUGGUUGCAAUGUGCAGUCCUCACCACUAGAUGCCACUAAAUGCCCCUGAAGCUUACACACUGUUUCUUUAAUUUUACUUAGAAGACAACGGGAACAUAAGAAAAGAGGAUGUUCAGUGCAUCCAUUGAACCAAUCAGUGAGUUGAAGGGUGAAAAUAUUUUGGUCCAGCAAACGCAGGACAUGGACGAGGAGACGUCAGGUAUUUUUGGAUGUCUGCCAACUGUUCUGCUAAUCCGGUGAGCCCUGAGAUGGUCCUUUGUCGCUCGCGCUGAGACACACAACACUGCAGCAGAUGUUUCAGAGAGGCUCACCGUGACCACCACAGCACAUUGCAUGACAAACUCUGACGUCUGCAACACAACAUUCUCCAGGUGCACAACAUAAGAGACACGGCAUCUGAGUUUGUGCAUCAGUAUCUGUCAUGUGAUGAUUCUUUGGGGAUGACCACUGGUGCUGUCACGCACCAUCAAAGCUGAUGAGUGAUGUUGAUAUGAAUGGGACGAGGGUUCAGUUCAUGGAGCAACAUCUGUUGGACACGGACAGAAAACAGUUUUACUGUAACAUGGCUUUUGAAGACACAAAUAUUAAGGAUGGGAGCUGAGGAGAUGUUGGGUCAAAAUGAGGUAGUGCUGAAAACUGUACGAAGAAAAUCAAUAUUAAUUUCACCAGUUAAACAUUUGCAGGAACAGUGAACUCAGAGCAACAGAGAUUUGGGACAUCACGAUUGUUUGAAAGGUGCUGUUUAAUUUGGAACAGGUCACAGGUUCAUUUUCAUUUAGGUUUUCUUGGAGAGCUAAAAAAUCCACUAAACCUGCCUGAUGUUAUUAUAACAUUAUUAUAUCAUCCUCAGUAACAAACAUGCUGCCGCGUUGGGAAGCAGCUGCACUUGUGCAAAGAGUGUCGGAUACAUUGCACUCCUGGAAUUUGAGCCCAUGUUGUGAAGGAAGAUGUUUGAGCAUCUUGAUGAUCAAGCAGCUCUGUUGUUGUCUUUUUUCUUGAAGUGAAGUCACGCUUUGGAUCGUUUCUUUCUCGCCACCAUGACUUUUUCUGUCUGUAUGUUUCCAGCAGCGUAGACGCAACCCAGUCACCAGAGUAAAUGUAGACAUUGUACGUUUCUGCAGCGGGCACGUUCCAUUUCUACGUUAAUAUGUAGCGGACCAGUGAAACUUUACGUUUGGAGAAUGGAGACUGACUUUGUCAACGCUGUGGUUAAUGUUUGGUGUAGUUCAGGCACAAAAAGCAUUGAUGAAAGGAAUGGAGCUGGGAGGUUUACGAUUCUGAUGGAUCGGACAAUUUUGAACCAGUUCCCAUCCCCAAUAAUUCUCAGUAAGGAUACCUCUCAGUGUUUAACCUGAUCAUGAAACGAUGGAUCAUUUUUCUUUCUGUAGUCCAGCCCAAACUGAACCAAACCACAGGUGAAGGAAACCAAAAUUCAGCAUGUUCUCAUGUUGUCUCAAAUCACAGGUCUUUGUAGUUUCUUUCUGCUUCGUCAUGUCGGUGCCAAGUAAACGAUCUUGGCUGUGAGCAGAGGAAAGAGAAACACGCACAAAACAAAGACCAGGAAAACCCAAACUGGACGACAAACUAAAGAAACGUAACAAAAUGAUUUAAGCUCAAAGCUCCACUUGUUGGCUUCCUGCGGGGGCUUGGUUGCACCUCAUGGUCGUCUUCAGUGAGCUGGUGUUUGACUUGUGUCUGAAAGCAGAGCGACUUGUCUCUGGAUCUGGUUCGUCAGAUGUGUCUCUGCUCAGCCUGCAGGUUGAUGCCGGAGGAUGAAGGCGGUCGAGGUUUCGGUGUAUUCGGACGUAGGAGAGUCGCAGUGUUGUCGAGCUUUUUGGUCUCGGUGUGAAGACGGAAUGGAAAUGUUCUAAAAGGUUCGGCUCAGAAACACUGAAGGAGCGCGUGUCCUCUCCCAGAUCGAGCCCAUCAUGUGUACAUGUGUACUAUACUGAGUGAUGACAUACUGUAAACUACGUACCGUGCAGUCCGCCUGUACUGUUCAUUUUUUUCUAACUGUUGACGCUUGGUGUGGUGAGCGCUGCCCUCUCUGCUUGUAAAUGAGACGUCCUGAUUCGUUGAACUGCCUUCACUUUUUUUCUCCAUCUGACGUCGGUUUAUCAAAGCGUGCCUACUCGCCGUCCCACCGGGGGACCCCGCUGUACAGAACAUCCCAGAAGCCCCUGCAGCACACAGCAGAGGAGCACGUGGGCGUGUGUGUGUGUGUGUGUGUGUGUGUGUGUGUGUGUGUGUGUGAUGGAAGAUGUGUGUGUGUGUGUGUGUGUGUUGCCCACAGAUGCUGGACUGCGAGUGCGAUCUCCGGUUGGUUCCUCGCUGUUGUCGUCGUCCCGAGCGAUGACGACUAGAACAUUUUUGAUUUUAAGUUUGUGAUGAUAAAGAUCUUUUUGUAAACGAUGUUUUGUGUCUGAAUCCACGGAGCUCCUCAUCAUCUGAUUUAUUUUCCCACUUUUCUUUUUUGUCUUUUCUUUUUGUUGUUCUGUACAGAUGAGAAUUGGACAGUUUGUUAAUAAUAAUAAAGUCUGCAAGGUUUCUA